AUGAACAGCAAGCUUGCAGGGACGCAGUCCUUGACACUGUCGGCCGCUCGGGUGUCUUCACGCUGGCUGCUCACUAAGACUCACGGUGACGAAUUUAGACAUCUCUACACCCCGCUCAAAAAUUUAUCAACACUUCUUUUGCUCACCAAUGAACGCCCCAGAUCGGUUCGAGCUAUUCAUCCUUCCCGAUGGAGUGCCAAAUUCGAAAGAGAAGACCACACCCUAGGUAAUUUACUCAAACAGGAGCUCGCCAACGACCCGCAGGUGCUCUUUGUGGCCUACAAAGUGGAACAUCCUCUGUUUGCCAACUUUGUGAUGAGAUUGCAAACAGAAGAAGGUUACAAGCCCCGGAUUGCUCUUAAGAACGCAUGCACUAGACUAAUCUCAAAACUGGGCAUUCUCAACGACAAAUUCAAACGUGAAUGGGAGCUGAAGGCCUUACUUGCCGAGGGCGAGUCGGACGACAUAUAA